UUUUUUCCCCUUCUUUUCUUUGCUGGUCACGCCAUGAAACGAGAGAAGACGAGAGUUGAGAUUACAAUGGCGAUGUAAUUGACGACAUUGUUGUUUACAAAAGGAAAGGCUCAUAACAAUGACACACUGUGCUUGUUGAGCUCAUGAAACUUCGUAGUCUGAGUACGAUUCUGUUGUGUUUUAAUAUUUCGUAUGAGUUCUUCCAAUACCAACAGUUCACUGGACGGACAACAGUCCGCGAGUGACCUGAGUGUAGAAAAUCUCAUCAACCGAAGACUUUCCCCACCGCCGGAAAAUAUGAAACGAGCUGCGGCAAAACAGCUGAUUGAACAGUAUUACUAUCAGCUGACGGAGGGGUGUGGGGACGAAAACUGUACCAAUGAAAAUUGUGCUUCCAGCUCCGACUUUCAGUUCCGAGAUGCCAACCGCAACAAACUGGCCCUGGAGGCCAUCAACCUGUCCAAGAGCAAGGCCCCGCUCUGUGAGCGCCGGCCCAACAAGCUGUCGCGCUACCCCACGCAGGAGGAAGGCGCGGCGUCUUCGUCCACUGCCGCGUCGGCCGGGGAGCCCGUCGGUCAGGGGGCCAGAAGUAAAAUAGCCUCCCCUACGUCCUGCUCCAGUUCCACCGAUGUUGCUGCUGAAGCUGUCUCUGCCUGUAGCAGUAGUAGUUCUUUAGGUACAGCUACACAGUUCUUGACGGAGGAGAUCUUGACUAAAGUGAUAGAUGAGUGUGAAGCGAGAAACUCAUGGUCCAAGCUCAAUCAUGUGAUAGGUUCAGUUUUUAACAAUCCAGAGUCAAUUUUGCUGAGUUUCCGCAAAGCUUCGCCGGCGUCAGAACCAGUCGUGGACGAGGCAGCCGCGACAGACGAGAGCUCGGCGACCACGAGUCAGGCGUCAGACGGCGACUCGAGCGGCUCGAAUCUCCCCGUGCCGGAGUCCCAGAGCGGCCCGGCCAGCACAGACAAGGUCACGACGGACGGCCACCACGACGACGACAUGUCUGUGGAUCUGCCGUCGCUCCGGCGCGCCUACCAGCGUCUGCUGGACGUACCGGACCAGCCCUUCCAAGGCGCGCUGGUCAACGCGCUCAUGAUCCUCUCCCACACCCUGGACAUGGAGCUCAAGUACAAGGACGCCCUGGCGCGCCGGCCGGACUACAUCAACGUAUUUGUCAUUGUGAUGGAGAUUCCCAUGCUGCACUGGCCCGAGUACCUGGUCAACGCCUUCCCCUGUCUAUGCAGAGCCCUCGGCUCCAUGCCCCUCAGUGGCCAGGCCAGGCUGGCUCGCAUCUGGGCCACCUACGGGAGCGGCCGCCUGCAGGAGAUGGUGCAGGGUCUGCAGCAGAUGAUCACAGUCAAGGUGAUAAACAAUGAGGGUCGGUGGAGCCAGUCGUUCCAGCCAGGGGACGACAUGUCCAUCACGAGCGCCACAAGGGUGCUCAAAGUGAUCUACUACGCCAGCGUGCUCGGGGGUCACAUGGACAGCCCCGAGCUACUGCGGGAGGAGGCGGAGCUGAGCCAGCGUGAGUCCAUCCAGGAGCACAUGCAGGGCGCGUUCGGCAUGGAGCCCAAGGACUCGACUCCGCCCAAAGAGGACCCGCUGGGGAAAGAGCUUGGCGUGCAGGUCAUCAACUGCCGCGAGCCCUUAGUCCCGUUUGAGGACUUCAUCAACGAGCCGCUGAACGACACAGUGAACAUCUACCAGGACUACACCAACAACAAGUUCUCUUUCGUGCCCUACUCUUUCAUCCUGACCACCGCCUCAAAGCACAGCAGCAUGUACUACGAGAACAGGAUCCGCAUGCUCAGCGAGCGCCGCACGGCCUUCAUCCAGACACUGGUCAGUGGCGGCCCGCCCAACCCCUUCCUGCGGGUGCGAGUCCGGAGGGAGCACAUCAUUGAUGACGCUCUUGUCAGUCUGGAGAUGACGGCGAUGGAGAACCCGAGUGACCUGCGCAAGCAGCUGUUUGUGGAGUUUGAGGGGGAGCAGGGUCUGGACGAGGGCGGCGUCUCCAAGGAGUUCUUUCAGCUCAUCGUGGAGGAGUUGUUUAAUCCAGAUAUAGGCAUGUUCGCGUACAACGAGGAGUCCCACCACUUCUGGUUCAACUCGCUGUCCUUCGAGAACGACGCCCAGUUCACGCUGAUCGGCAUCCUGCUGGGGCUGGCCAUCUACAACAGCUGCAUCCUGGACAUCCACUUCCCCAUGGUGGUCUACCGCAAGCUCAUGGGCAAGAAGGGGACCUUUGCCGACCUGUAUGACCUUGACCCAACACUGAUGCACAGUCUACAGGACAUGCUGGACUACGAGGGGGAGGAUUUUGAGGAUGUUUUCGCCCAGUCGUUCAGCAUCGGCUACCACGACGUGUUUGGUCACUGUCACACGGUGGAACUGAAGGAGGGCGGCGAGUCACUGCCGCUCACUCAGGACAACAAACAU